AUGGAAGAUUUGGUAGUGAAAUCAACCAGCAUUGUGCAUCCCAGAAACAUUGUUAACCAAUCAUCAGAUCGUGUGAAGAAGAUCAAUCUGACUCCAUGGGAUCUCUUGCGUCUUCCUUUUGGUUAUCCUCAAAGAGGACUCUUCUUUCACAAACCUGACGAUUUAGAUAUUGAUACAAUCAUCUCAAAGCUAAAAACUUCACUUUCUAUUGCUCUCCAUCACUUUUACCCUUUGGCUGGCCACCUUGUCAAAGAAGUCAACGAAGAGGAACACACUGUCUCCUAUUUCAUCAGCUGCUGCGAUGAUGGUUCCGGUUCGGGAGGUGUAAAGUUCAUUCAUGCUGCAGCUAAAACACUAGCGAUUAGUGAUCUGGUUAAGUCCGGUUUUGUCGAUGGAAUGCUUGGUUCUUUCUUCUUCCCUGCCACUGGAAUCAAGAACUAUCAAGGUGUGUCAAACCCUUUACUUAUGGUCCAAGUAACUGGAUUAAAAGAUGGGAUUUUCAUCAGUUAUGGCUAUAAUAGUACCGUUGCUGAUGGCAAAUCGAUCUGGAAGUUCAUCAAUGCAUGGUCAGAGAUUUGCUUCAAAGGUUCUGGAUCUGUGCCAAUGGACUGUUUCCUCAAAGGUUGGUUUCUUGAUUGUAUUAGAUAUCCAAUCCGAGUACCAGAUCCUGAGACAGAACAGCCCAGUAACGUUGCUUCAACAACAUCAAACAUGAUACAAGAGUUUGUGUUUCGUCUUACAAAGGAAAAUGUGUUAAAACUGAAAGCUAAAGCUAACGAUGAAGCUGUGUCUAAAGAAGAUGGAGAGAUCUCUUCGUUUCAAGCGGUUUUAGGACAUAUUUGGCGGUCAAGGGUCAAACACGGUGACAUGAGCCGAGAAGAAGAGACGCAUUGUAGGGUACCAAUAGACAUGAGACAGAGGCUAAAGCCAAAGCUAAAAGAAGACUGUUUCGGGAACUUGGUUCAUACCGGAACAGUAACCUUUAAAGUUGGGGAUAUGCUGGAACAUGGUUUAGGCUGGUUGGCUCAGAGAAUAAACACAAUGGUUAGGUCACAAACCGAUGAUAAUAUUAAAGCAUUUGGAGAGAAAUGGGUAAAGAAUGGUGAGAUUCCGGUUUCGGUUUGUGCCACUCUGCUUGUUAGUAGCUGUCCCCGGUUUAAUGUGUAUGGAAACGAUUUUGGGUGGGGUAAACCGAUCGGUUUACGUUCUGGACCGCCACAUAGCAAUGGGAAACUAGUAGUUAUUCAAGGGGUGGAAGAAGGAGGUCUUGAAUUUCAAGCUUGUUUUCCUUCUCAAGUAGUUGUAAAGCUAUUGGGUGAUGGUGAGUUUCUGGAGUAUGUGGACGUUGCUUCAUGA